UGCGUGAAUGCAACACUAGGCCAUGGAAACCACUGCAGAGGUUCAGUGUACCUUAGCAACCAUGGAGGACGAGCUUUCCUUGAUCGAGGAAAAUGGCGAGGUCACGCAAGAACAGAAGGAACUCGUUUACAAACGGAUCGAAGAACUAAAGCAUUCCAAUGCAGCCCUCCUGGCAGAGAAUGACAUGUUUGAAAGCUUCAUUUGCCGCCUGGAUCCACAGGACCUGCUAUCCCAGGCUGGGGGAGAGGGUGCCAGGGCAGCACGAAGCUUGAAGCUGGGGGGUGGGGGCGUUGGAUGGAGGGGAAAGUCCAGGUCCAACAUAUCGGACCAUUUUCAGCCGCUCACUUUAGAACAAAAACUGUACGUAGCACAGAGAGAAGUAAGAGAAACACAACAGGACCGGGAGAAACUCAAAGUGAAAUCUGAAAAAACCAAGGACAACUACAAGGCCUCUUUGAAGGAAGCAGAAUUACGUCUGGCUGAUAUCAGGAAGGCCAAGAACGAUUUUGAGCGUAGACUGGUUAAACCUACGAAGGACAACACGCUAGAAAUGAAAGAGCCAGAGAAGGUGCUCCAGUACAUUGAAGAUAAGUUAAAGGUCACCCAGCUGGAGACCUUUAAUGUAAAGAAUCAGGCACUAAAGCUCCACGAGAAGAAGCUCCUGCAACAGCUGCAGCAGAAAAAGGAGAUGGGGAAAGCUGAGUAUGAGGAAUUUUUUCAGGAGUAUGACGAGCCAAGACCUGGCAAAAACCUGGAUGAACUUCAGAUCAACAGUUUGAAGGUUCAGCGUGUUCUUAGCUCACACAAGGAAAAGCUGCAGAGUGUGACAUUAAUGUCGGCAGAGCUGAGCAAUGACAUCGCCAAAGUGAGGCAGAUGCUGGCAAAAAUAGAGGAGGAGUUACAGCAUGCUGAGAAGGAGCAUUCAGCGGCUGAAGCCCUUACCCACAAACUCAGACGGCAGCUCAGAGAUUAUCAGGCUCCUGAUAUCACUGAGUACAUGCAUGUCAAAGACAAAUACAAGAAGCUUAAGCAGAGCAUUCACACUUGGGAGAGAAAGGUUGGGAUUGCUGAGAUGGCCUUCAAGACCGACACUAAAGUGUGGAACAAACAGGUUGGAACUAGCUCCGGGGAACACCAAAUCCCAAUAAAACUCCCACAAAUAGCAGAACAUAACCAAUAGAAAAAAGUCAAAAAGUUUUCCAAAUUACUGAUUUGAUGACAACAAGAAAACUUUCCAUCAA